AUCAACUCUUCCCUUGUUUAAAAAAAAUAAAAUAAAAAAAAAUAAAAUAAAAAAAUCAACUCUUCCCUCCCAAAACCCCAACUUACCAGACCACCAUUUACGCAAUUCGUAGACAGAAGGCGCAACCAUGUAUGGUGGCGAUGAAGUAUCAGCAAUUGUGAUUGACAUGGGCUCUCACACCUGCAAGGCAGGCUAUGCCGGUGAAGAUGCUCCCAAGGCUGUCUUUCCUUCUGUGGUUGGAGCAGUUGAUCAAAUGGAGGUUGAUGUUCCUGAUAACCCUGAAAAGAACCUGGGUUCAGCUCCUGAUUCAAACAGUACUGUGAAAACCUUUGAAUCUGAGAAAGAAAAGAGUAAACGCAAAUUUUAUGUCGGAUCGCAAUCCCUGGGAUUUCGUCGUGAUAAUAUGGAGGUCUUAUCUCCCUUUAAAGACGGAGUGAUUGCAGACUGGGAUAUCGUUGACAGCAUAUUGGACCACGGUUUCAGGGAAUGUCUACUGAUUGAUCCAAAAGAGCACCCGAUGUUACUUGCAGAGCCAUCUGCAAAUAAUCAACAGCAAAGAGAAAGGGCGGCAGAGCUGAUGUUUGAAAAAUACAAAGUUCCAGCUUUAUUUUUGGCCAAGAAUGCAGUUCUUACCUCAUUUGCAUCAGGACGAGCAACCUCUCUAGUAGUUGACAGUGGAGGAGGUUCAACCACUGUUGCCCCAGUGCAUGAUGGUUAUGUUCUUCAAAAGGCUGUAUUGACUUCACCAAUCGGAGGAGAAUUUCUCACUGACUGCUUGACAAAAAGCUUGGAGAGCAAAGGCAUCAUUAUCAAGCCUAGGUAUUCUUUUAAAAGAAAGGAGAUACGUCCUGGGGAAUUUCAGACUGUUGAUCUUGAUUUUCCAAAUACGACAGAAAGUUACAGGCUCUACUGUCAGAGGGUUAUCGCCAGUGACAUUAAAGAGUGUGUGUGUCGUGCACCUGAUACACCUUAUGAUGAAACUUCAUACUCAAAUAUUCCUAUGACGCCAUAUGAGCUUCCUGAUGGACAGACAAUUGAAAUUGGAUCAGAUAGGUUCAAGACUCCUGAUGUUUUAUUCAACCCAUCAUUGGUUCAGACUAUUCCUGGCAUGGAGAGUUAUGUAGAGACUGCUGCUUCAGCCCGUGGUUUGCCUCAGAUGGUUAUUGAAAGCAUAAAUAAGUGUGACGUUGACAUCCGAAGAGAACUUUUCAGUAGUAUAUUGCUUGCUGGAGGUACAGCGUCAAUGCAACAACUGAAAGAACGUCUAGAGAAAGACCUUUUAGAGGAGUCGCCUCAAGCUGCCAGAGUAAAGGUUUUGGCUAGUGGAAAUGCUACUGAAAGAAGGUUUAGUGUUUGGAUAGGAGGAAGUAUACUGGCAUCUCUUGGUUCUUUCCAGCAAAUGUGGUUCUCCAAGGCUGAAUAUGAAGAGCACGGAGCUUCUUAUAUUCAGAGAAAAUGUCCUUGAGAAGGCAGCCGCUUAGCUGUAUUGCAUCUGAAAUGGCAAGAUAAAUUUACUGUCAUUAUAGUUCAUGAAUUGGAUGUGCUAGUUCACUUAUUCUUGAUAACAUUUAGGUCACGUGUAACAUUGCAGGAAUUUAUACACAACUGUAGUUGGACCGUUGCUGUAACAUGAGUUAUACUUCGUAUAUUCAUUAGAAAUGAAUGCACAAUCUAGAAUCUUGUCCUGCAACGUCUAUUGACUUUUAUCAAGAGAAGUUUGUGCAUUGCACUUGACUGCA